AUGGCGACCAGCACGAGAAGGGAAAGGUUCCCUUAGACUUUCUUCCAAUUUUCGUCCUUAUGUAGAGUCUCGGUGAGCCCAGCAACCGAAAUGUCGGACCAAAGCGGUCAAGAACCGUCCAUGGAGGAUCUUAAACGAGAGAUCGAACGACUUCAAACGGAAUUAUCUGAAACCACGACGGAAAAACUUCAGGCCGCAGAAUAUGGUUUGGCUGUACUGGAGGAGAAACAACGACUUCAGCAGCAGGUUGAGGAGGUCGAGGCUCACUGCGAGACCAUCAAACAUGAACUCGAAUGUGCCAAAGAGGCCUUGAAUAAACAUCAGGACACCUUUCGCAAGCAGCAGAAGAGUGGCAUACACCAGGAGGAUAGUUUUCUGCUGGAGACAGUCACACGGGAAGAAAGUUAUAAAUCUGUGAUUUUAGACCUAGAAACAGAACUAAAGACAUGUAAACAGGCACUCGAACGAUUUGAAGGUGAGAACGAACGAUUGAAUUCUGCAGUACUAGAACUCCAACAAAGUUCCGACACUCUCGAGGAACAAAGACGCCAGUAUAAAAAUGAACUACGGGAGUAUAAGAUUCGAGAGAAUCGGAACUUGGUUGAUUAUGCGGAGUUGGAGGAUGAAAAUAUCUCGUUACAGAAACAAGUAUCCCAGUUGAAACAGGGACAGGUUGAAUAUGAAGGUAUGAAACAUGAAAUAAAACGUCUUCAAGAAGAGGCCGAUGACCUUCACAUUCAAUUAGAAGAUGCAAUGGGUCUCAAAAGGAUAGUAGAAAAAAAUCUUGAUGAGGCGCUCAACUCACUUCAGCAUGAACGAGAACAGAAACAUGCUUACAAGAAAGAACUGGACCAGCGUUUAAGUCAGGAAUCUAUGUUUAAUCUUAGCAACCUUGCUCAUUUUGGAGGACUCAGUGAGGGCCUGAAGGAUCUUGUUCCCAACCAUAACGAGGUUGAGGAUGAUAAUGAGGAAGGGGAACAACACAAUCCUGCUCUCAAACGGAUUGAGGCUGACUUUAAACAGGAGGAAACCAAAUCGCCCGUGAAACCUGGCCCAGGCAAGGUGAACGACAUUCUCAGUGAAAUUCAGGAGAAUGAAGUGAAAAAGUUAGAACAAAUGUUGAGUCAAAGUGAAAAUGAAAAAUUAGAACUUCAAACGGCUCUUGAUGAAGCCCAGAAAUUAAUACAGGACACCCAGACAGACUUAGUGGAACAGAAGCAGCGGGCUGAUCAGCUCAAAGCACAGAUUAGUACUUUAAUUAAAGGGGAAUCUCAGGGAACAUUUGCCAAAAAUGGGAGUCCUGGAGAAAACAAAUACUCAAAUGCUUUGCAGGAAAUUAAUAGCUUACACGAGGAAUUGAACCGUCUCCAAGAGCGAAGUCAGCUUGGAGGUGUGAAAGCUGAUAAGAGCAUUGAAGAGGCUAUUGAGGCCAUGAAGAACAAGUGUAACGGUUAUCACGACACUAUCAUAGACCUUGGCAAGGAUCUUAAAGCUAUGUCUCUGGCUGCAGGUGAGGCACAGGGUAGUCUGACCACGACACAGGAUGAACUUGUCCGAGUCACAGAGGAGCUUGCACAGCUUUAUCACUUGGUUUGUGAAGUAAGCGGAGAAACUCCAAGCCGUGUCAUGCUUGAUCAUGUGAAAUCGGCAGCCAUGAUGUCGCGGCAGGAUCGAGAGAGCAGUGAAGAAAAGGAGGAUAAAGAAAACUCUGAGAAAUCUGCAAAACUGAAAUCCAAAACCAAAAAGGACGUUGUCAAUGGUGACAUUAAGGGUGACCCCAUUUCCUGCUACAAACUGACUGAGACUAUCAUUGACCAAGUGAAAUACCUAAAGCGUGGUGUGGAGCAUCUAAUGGAGGUGUCACAACAACGGUCAGUUGACACGGAAAAUCAAGAUGUCCAGGAGCUCCAGGAACAGGUGGUCAAACUGAAGGCCAUGUUGUCCACCAAACGUGAACAGAUUGCCACUCUCCGCAGUGUAUUGAAAGCCAACAAAUCUGCUGCAGAGGUUGCUCUGGCUAAUCUUAAACAGAAAUACCUCACUGAAAAGGUGAUUGUCACAGAAACCAUGGUGAAAUUGAGAAAUGAACUCAAAGCACUUAAGGAAGACGCUGCUACUUUUGCAUCACUGCGAGCCAUGUUUGCCCAGAGGUGUGAUGAAUAUGUCACUCAACUGGAUGAAAUGCAACGGCAACUGGCAAGUGCAGAGGAAGAAAGGAAAACCGUAAAUUCCUUGUUGAGGAUGGCAAUUCAGCAGAAACUGACCUUGACACAGAGAAUGGAGGAUCUAGAGUGUGACAGAGAACGUCGCAACAUGCGCCGCCAAGGCGGGGGUGGUGGUGGUGGCGGUGGGGGCCGAAGUAAAAUGGGGGCUUCCAAAGUAAGUCGCAACUACAAUCCAUAUCAUGAAGAGUCGUAUGACCGUUACGGUGGUUCGGGUCGUUCACACCGUCAUAACAAGAGAGACUAUUAGAAACUUUUCCACCAGGCUCACAUGCACGUGCUGACAGGAACGCCAUAGCAACAGCCUCCUGUAUCUACCAUACCAAAGAACGAACUUCCUUCCUCAUUGCCAAGGUCAAGGUCAGCCAAGACAGACCCAGUAGGGGCAUUUGGAGGAUAAACUCCAUGAUGAGGAAUUUUGUAAUAAAGGAAGCACCUUCCACAUUGGAUGUUGGAACUCUUGACAAUUUUCUCACUAUGUGAACAGAAUAUUGGUGAAGGAACACUGGAAAAAAUUCAGUCACUUGAUUUUGACAAAUGGACAUAGAACCAGAGAAGCCCAAGCUGGUCUGUAGCGGCUUCAGAGGCUGUAUUUCGGUCUUUAGGACCAAAGUACAUUAAUUAAAACCUAUCUUGUUGUCUCAAACUUUUCAUCACGUCCUGAAAAAUAAGAUACAUUAUAUUUGUAUAAUUUGUUAAUGAAAUUUUUUUUUUUGAAAAUGGUAGAGUGUAAUGCCAUUUAAUUAAAGAGUAUUUGUUACAGGAAAUAAGAUUCUAAGACAUUGAAUUGAAUGGAACUUCAUUCCAAAUUGUAUGGAAAUACAAAAUGUGUUAUUGUAUUACUGAUAUUAUUGGUAAACAAUUAUAAAUAUAUAUAUAUUUGUAUAUCUAUUAACUAACCCAUAUAAGGAUGGAAAAUCUCGAAUGCUUGAAUUAUUGUUUGAAGGGUUGUAUAAAUCUAAGAAGUUUGUGUAAAGACACUUAGUAUAUGGAUGUGAAUGUUUGUGACAUGUACAUUGGUCGGCCAUUCUGUUUGUGCUGAAUUACAAAAUCGGUCAUCUUUCAAUAAGUCGUGACCUUUCAAUGAAGGAUUCCAGUCUUAUUCUAAUGCUUUUAUACUUUUAAAAUUAUUUAUUUUUAUUUCACUUUUAAAGACAACAACAGCAUUUGAAAAUCAUUUUUAUUUUUACUGAAUAAAAAUUGACAGGUUUUAAAACCAUUCACUUGCACUACUGAAUUGAACUAAAAGAUAUUUUUUAUUCAGAUUUAUGAUUUGAAAGCACUAUUAUAUAUUAAACAAAGUAAAAUAAAUUAAGAUUUGAGAAAAACAAAUUAGUAUUGGGAAAUUAAUGAAACAAAAUGCUUUUCCUUUUGUAACUGAUUAUGUUAAAGAUGUUUUGUAAGUGCUGUGAUAUUUCACUCCAGUUCAUAUCUAAUGUCUAAGACAAGAUAUUUCAGUAUUUAUCUAAAAACUGAUGGGGAUCUGCCAUUCUACCAAUUUUCUUUCAAUUUUUUAUGCCAGUGAAGAAUAUUAAUAUACAUCAAUAUAAUUGUGUUCACAGAAUCUGUUCACAUCAAAAUAUUUGCUAGUAAUACCUCACUCUUUGUAUAUAACUUUAUUCUAACGUAUUCUAAUAACCAUGCUAGGAUUCAGUAUAGUAUGCUAGUCCAUUUUAUUUAUUAUUUAAGUGGAAGAACAAUCAUGUUUUCCCUGUGGAUGAUUAAAUUGUUCAAGUAUCCAUGUUUUAUGAUUUUUUUGAUAACAGCUGUAACACAUUUUAAAGACAAUUUGAUGCUAUUUGUUUUGCAUAGCUCACUUAUUGAUUUAAUAUCUAGCAUCUCAAUGUAACAAGGGAGACCAUCCUGACAGGGGAGGUAAUCCUUGUCUUUGGUGCUAAGCCAUCAUCACAUCCCUGGACUUGUUUGUACCACCAUAUACAUACAUGUGGUCAUCCACAGCUUUGAUAUUAUCAUUCAGUUGAUAACCAAUAGCAUUAUUAUCAUCUUUCCAAACAGAUAAUGAAAUUAUCAUUUAAGACAAUUUGUUAAUCACCUUUUAAAUGUGCUGGAUCAUUUUGUUUAAAAUCUGCAAUAAAAGUAUGUAACACUGCA